CACGAGGGGUGAGGAGCUGGUGUGUCGUCCUUCUGCUUCCCCCUGAUCACCGCGCGUGAGUUCUGAAGCAUGGGUUGCGCUUGACCUGCGCAGCAGGUGCUGUUCACCUUCACCCCUCUGCAAGACCACUGAUAUCUGAGGUGGUAUGGCCAUGGCCACCACCUCCUCGCGGCUCACCACCACCUUCUCCUCCACGCCAUGCUCGCCCACUACCAUGGCGGGGCUUCCGCGGCAGCGAAAGCAUGGCUCGCGGUACCCUCGCAUUCAGGCCAUCGACCUCGACCAGAACACGAUUGUGGCUAUUGCUGUCGGCGUCGUCAGCGUCGGGGCCGGGAUAGGUAUCCCGAUUUUCUACGAGAAUCAAAUCGACAAUUCUGCUAAGAGGGACAACAAGCAGCCGUGCUUCCCCUGCAGCGGCACUGGCGCGCAGGUAUGCAGGUUUUGCACCGGAGCGGGCACUGUCACUGUGGUAAUUGGCAGUGGUGAGUCUGAAGUGUCAAAGUGUGUAAACUGCGAUGGCAUUGGCUCUUUGACAUGUACCACAUGCCAAGGUAGUGGCAUUCAACCACGCUAUCUUGAUCGCAGGGAGUUCAAGGACGAUGAUGAUUGAUGUAUUUGUCUUUACUGGCUAACGACGGUAUGGUAAGGAAUCUGAUCCAAGGAUGAUACUACAUACUCGGUGGAGAUGUAUCCGUCUGGACUGAUCUGAUCGUUUUGUGUUUUAUUGUUUGUUUGGUAAAUAUGUAAGGAUGCAAGCACAUGUACACUUUCGACUUCUGAAAACCAUUGUCACUCUUUGGACAUAGAGGAACGUUUUGUCAAACAUAUUUCAAUUUAUGUCAUAUAUUGUGUUCUUUCGA